AGCUUCCGGAGCGGAACAAGCAAGCUUCCCCCACCCUUUCCGGCCGUCGCAUUACGUUGAUCCUUUGCUCCUCCAACAUCACACUCUCCAGAAAAGAUGAGACUACGACCGAGAUCGCUUCUCGCAUUGCGUGGCGUGUCGCAGCAGCAUGUGAGAGGGUUUGGCUUCUCCAGCUCCGCUGCGCCACCCACGGCCAACAUUCCCAUGCCGUACAUUGAGGAGACAUCGGCUGCUGGACGGAAAACAUGGGAUAUCUUUUCCAAGCUCUUGCAAGAACGCAUCAUCUGCCUCAACGGCGAGGUGAACGACUACAUGUCCGCUUCGAUCGUCUCCCAGCUGCUCUGGCUCGAAUCCGAUACUCCUGAUAAGCCCAUCACGAUGUACAUCAAUUCCCCAGGCGGUUCAAUCACCUCAGGAAUGGCAAUCUACGAUACGAUGACAUAUAUCAAGUCCCCCGUGUCGACUGUGUGUGUUGGAGGCGCCGCGUCCAUGGCAGCCAUCCUCCUCGCGGGUGGCGAGGCUGGAAAGCGAUUCUCCCUCCCUCACAGCUCCAUCAUGAUCCACCAACCGCUAGGAGGUACCCGAGGUCAGGCAUCGGACAUUCUCAUUUAUGCCAAUCAAAUCCAGAAGAUUCGGGAUCAGUCCAACGAGAUUAUGCGGUACCACCUCAACAAGGCAAAAGGAAACGACAAAUAUAGUCUGGAAGAGAUCAACGACUUGAUGGAACGAGACAAGUAUUUGACUCCUGAGGAGGCAUUGGAACUGGGUGUUAUCGAUGAGGUUCUCACUAAGCGACCUGAUGCAGAGAGUGCACAGAAGAAGGAAGGCGAGGCCGAAGCUCCGAAGACGAGAUAGAGAGCCAACAGGACGCGCCGGAGCAAUUGACAUCAACAAAAGAUGCGCCCAGAAUCUUGAAGAGUCUCUGAAUCCACACUUAGACAGGCGAAUGGCUGGUUGUUUCUCUCUAAACGCCGAUUGAGGAGUUCAU